GUGAUGUAUAACAAGAUUGAUUUUUGUUGCGAUUCCCAAAACCAGCUGUUCGCUGCAACGAUCAAAGACUGCAUUGCGCCUGCCUGAACUUAUGCACUAGGAAAGCUACCUAUCUUCCACCGAGCCCCGGAUAAAAUUUAGGCCAGUUUGCGCUGUGCUAUCAUCAUGUCGGUCGCCGAUGUUGAUGAAAGAGUUUUUGAAGAGUUACAAGCACUUGAAGCAAUAUUUUCUCCAGACAUUAUAAUCAAAUGGGAGGAUGGUGUACCAAAGGGUAUUGAAAUGAAUGUGCUGCCUUCGACAUGCGAUAAAAGUGAUGAGCAGUAUGUUCGUUUGACUUUAGAGAUUUAUCUAUCUCCUGACUAUCCUGAGAGUAGCCCCAAGGUCAUCAUGAGAAAUCCUAGAGGCCUGGAUGACAGGAUCCUUUCAUGCAUUCAAACUGAUAUAGAAGACAAGUUAAUUGACAAUAUAGGACAUCUUAUUGUUUAUGAAUUGAUAGAGAUGGUACGGGAGUGCCUUACUCAAUGCAAUCUACCACGAGGUCAAUGUGCAAUUUGUCUGCAUGGAUUUGUUAAAGGAGAUAUAUUUAUAAAGACUCCUUGUUUCCACUAUUUUCAUAGUCAAUGUUUGUCUAAACAUUGUAUUGCUGGCAAGAAGUACUAUGAUGAGGAGUUUGAGAAAUUACCAAUGUGGCAACGGAUGGAAGCGAAGCCUCAUCAGCAAACUUGUCCAGUAUGUCGGUCCACAGUCCAAUUCAAUGUGGAUGAUCUGAAGAAAGCCCCACCUCCGGUUGAAUCCAUUGAUGCCCAGCCUUUCCAUCUCACUGAUGAAAUUAAGGCAAUGCAAGAACGUAUGGCAGCGCUCAUGGCUCACCAGAUAGCUCGUGGGGGAGUCAUUGGAGUAGGAGAUUCCGAACCACCACCACUCAUCAUCACCGAUCCCACUGACCAAGAGGAACCAAAAUCAUCGACUAGUGGCACCCAAAACCCAAGACCUGAAACAUCAAGCAGUGUUCGUGGAAUGGGCAAUUCCGCUUCCGGUGCACCAGCUUCGCCCACACGCCCGCCCUACCGCGGACCUUAUAGGGGAUUCAAUCGUCGCGGUAAGCCAGGUAGGCGUGGUCGCGGCGGUUCGCGGUGACCCGCAUCGCCAACAGAACCGCCAGCUAUACCCUAGCGACCUCUCUCUCACACGCGCCCCAUCCCACUCGCAAACCCACAUCUACCCUCAAUAUUAAAUUGCAACUACCCUCCGUUAGGUAACGUUUUAAACAUUCUGCAUCAAUUCAAAGAAAUCUUACAGGUUGUCGAGGUUAAAUACAGCUUUAAAGGUGUUUUAAGGAAAUUAAUGCUCAAUUCGAUGACUUUUGAAGUCGGAUCGAAAAUCGAUUAUAAUGUGCUAAUAAUAAGUUCCUAUACAGGGUCCCUUAUGUUAACCGACUCGGUCGGGUUAUACAGACUGACGAUUUACCUUAUAUAACGUUUUCUACAUAAUAUACAUGCAUGAGCUUUUGUGCGAACUAAGCUUAAUAUUGUUUGCUGUUUUAGGCCCGUAUUCUAGAACGUUUAUCACACUUAAAUCAAACGAAAGGAGAUUCAAGAUGAUGUUGUGACGUCUGUGACGUCGACACGUAUUAGAAUAUGGAUCUUAGAGUCAUUAGUUUCUGCUUGCUCUCGACAAUAUUGCAUUUCUUUGUUCAACUUGUUUAAAAAACUUAAACUGUUUCUUGUUAAUAAAUCUUUCUACAAAUUUUUGUUUUGGUAACAUUGGUCCUUAAAACUUACCCGAAAUUAAAUUAAAUAGUAUACUGUCUUGUUAUUUUAUUUUUAUUCUGUAAUUUUGUUGAAGAGCAAUCAUUAUAAUUAUAAAUUAUAUUAUGUUUCACUAAAGGUACUUUCCACCCAAUCCCAAAGCGCAAUUGUGUCGGUUAAUCUGAUGAUUCGCUAAUAUAAUCGGUUUUUGAUUCUACGCAGAAUGUUUGAAUCGUUGUCAAAAUCAUUGCAGAUUUGAUCAAAUUUCUGAGGGUAGUUGUGGUUCUACCCUCAAAAUAAUGUAGAAAGACCCGCAGUAUAAAAAUGUAUUUAAAAAAAUCUGUGAAAAAAUCUGCGUGGUCCGACAUUUAAAGAUGACUUAGAAAUAGUUUGCAACAGCCAACAGAAUAAUGCUUAAGAUAUGUGUAAAAAUUUAGAUAAUUUAAAUUAACCUAAAAAAAACUUAAAAUACAAUUGAAAACAAUCCAUGCCUGUCUCUUUCAUUUGAAGUGUGUUAAAGAGAGACAACACUUGCACAUUCUGGAACUAUUUAGAAGUCAUCUCCGAGCUUAUGUCAAGAUGGGGCGGCACAAAUAAUAUGUGUACUCUUAGUGUAAGGUACAUUUCUGUGACGAAUCCUAGUCAAAUAGAUUACAAUUUAAUGUAAUGUAAGUAUUUUAAAGAGGCGGAUGCAUAUGGAAAACCGGUUAUAGAGAUUUUCUUACAUGUGGGAAUUUUACAUGUAAAAGGUCAUGUCCUAAUAAUAUUAGAAGUAGUAGUGUAACAAUAAAACCACGUUUUUACGGGUUCCCGAGUCGGAAUAUAAAGAGCAUAUAAGGAACUCUGGUCACAACACAGGCGUUCUAUGUAAGUAUGAAACAGCAUCUGUGUAUACUAUAACUUCUAUUGAGUCUAUAGAACUGUUCGUGGCUGUCAAUUUGACGCAUUCAGUAAACUGUCAAAAUCCUACAUGACGUGACAUGACAUUUCAAAUGCUACUCAAAAUAAGAACGAAAUGCAUCCGUCCCUCAAAUGUGGAUAUGUGAUCGAAUGAUACAGAUGGGAUUUUUGAUUGAUUUAAAAUGUUGCCUGUACCCAAAUUAAUAUUUUCAACUGAAAUAAAUUUUCUUAACCUUUUUUUGAACAUGUGCUCGCUUAGUGAAUUAAUUAGUUUGUUAUAUAUUAAAUUUGUAAAUUGUAACACGCAAUGUUUCUUUGGAAGCAUACUUCAUAUAUAUGGUCUAUGGCCUUAAAUUUCCAUUGAAUAAACCUAACAAACAAUUGUUAUUAGACCGGUACAAUAUUUGUAUAUUUAUUAACAAUGAUUUUAAUUACAUAUAUGUUUUAUGUACAGAAACUUUUAUCUAUACAUGCCCAACAGCAUAUUUAAAUAUUUUUAUUUGAGAUUGCUUGUCGCGUUUAUGUAAAUAUAGGUAUUUAGGUUUUGUACUUAUUUAAUUGUAGAAUAAGGCAUAAAUGAUUUUGCUAGUUUGAACCACAGACAAAACCCUGCCGAUUAGAUCACUAUGUCACGGGUCAGGAUUUUUAGGAUAAUCCAAACAUUUUCGUUGUAUUUUUAUAUAUUUUUUUAUAUCUAGGCUCUGACAUUCCGUUUGAAUAUAGUGUUUAUUUAAAAAAAUAGUAGUAUUUUGUUGAUGUCAGCAUUUAGCUUUUGUCGACAUUAUUUUUGUUGUAUUUAUACAGUUCGCUGGAAAUAAUUUCGCUUAUUUUGGAAUAGUACGCGGGAAAUGGAAGUAUUUGGGAAGGAAAGGUACUUAGAUGUUAUAAUUAUUGUCUAUGCUAUAGCUAAAAGAUAGACCAUUUGAUUGCUGUAGAUCUGUUAUUGAAACAGAAAAUA